CGCGGCACAGCGGGCCCAAAAGUCGGUCGUUUGAGUGGCUAGGACCUGAGCUAUUGCGUCAUCUUUCACGGUAAAAUGCUGUCUCGCACAGUAUCUAUGAAAUGUGUCCGGGAGUUUUGUCAGGUUACAGGCACGGAUGAAGAAACUGCUCGCUCAUUUCUGUCAGCUUGUAAUGAUGAUUUGGAUUUAGCUGUGAGUCUAUAUAUGGAUGACCCUAGUAGAGUUCCAUCUCACAGUACUACAGAGGAAUAUCUUGCCCCCAUCCCUCGAAGAAAUGAGCAGCUACUGCCUGCAGUUGUGCCACUUCUGCCUACUCAUUUGCAAAACCCAGCUCCACUUCAAAAGCGUCGACGAGCAUUCGUGGCCGAUGAUUCCGAUGACAGUUCAGGCGAUGAUGUUAUCCUGACAAGUGAGCGUUCAUCGAAACCACGAUAUGAGCCUAAUUCAUCAUCAUCAAAUACAGAAGGCGUUAGCUCUGGUUCAUCUUCAGUCGCUCGUUCAUGUGGUCAUGUCAAUGGAGCAAAGGAUGAUACAACACAAAAGAAAAAGAGACACCUACAGCAACUUUAUCAACCUCCUGUUGAAUUAUUGUUCAGUGGAUCGUUAAAUGCUGCUGCAAUAGCUGCUCAAGAGAAACAUCAAUGGUUGCUUGUUAGUGUCCACGAUGAAGGGUGUUUUGAGUGUCAUUUGUUAAACCGUGAUGUUUGGAAGGAUCCAAAAGUCUAUCAGCUGGUCAAAUACCACUGUACAUUCCUCCAACUUUCAUAAACGUAGUAUUAAUUCCACCAAUGUGGCACAAGAAAUUCGUUACGGAAUUGAUAAGAACGCUGUUUGCCGAUUUGACAAUAUCAUUAAGUUAUUACCGCAUUUAUCAGUGAAUAAGUUAAACAUGCAGGAAUACCAGGAAGAAGUGAACUAUGAAGAAACGAAUGAGAAUUCAUCACACCUCAAUAGUUCCACCUCUUUAAAUUUAAGAGAAUAUUCUAUUCCAUAUGUUAAUUAUGAAGAUGCACCGGUUUUGUUGGAUUUCAUCAAUUUAUUUGGAAGGCUGUCCGGUUUCGAUCGAUUGAAAUCACGUCUUAUGGCUCUAGAGAAUAACGAUGAGAAACCGCAACAACAACAGCAAAACGUAGAGGAAGACAAAAAGGAGGAAGAGCAGCAGUCAACUGAUAGGACAGAGCAUUUAUCACUCAGUUUAAUAUAUGCUUAUCUCCAACCUUUUGCACUGUGUUGUUAUUUUCUGAAUGACUCAGUGAUUGAAGAAUAUUUUCAGCCGAUAGUUGUAAGUUUAACCUGUGUUGCAUCAUUGAAUAGCUUUUUAAUCAUCCAACACUUAGCUUUUUAAAGUAUAUAAGGGAGGAAUAUAAGAAUCAUAACACACCCAGUUCUCCACAUGAUUUGGCAAAUCAUUCACGACUUUUGACAUCCUUUCUGUGCUCGAAAAAAAAGAAUGCAAACACAUUUUACGCCCUUUUCCAAUUAUUUGUUUAAAGUUUUCGUUCAUGUUUGU